UGUGAUUGCUGAACCCCGGAAGACCUUCUCACCCUCCCCAAGGUCAGAUUGUGGAUCAUGGUUUUAGAGAAGCUUCUACACUUUGGGAAGCAGUUGCUCAGGGUGAAAGUGGUCAACUCCAACUCGGAGGACUCUCGCCUGUCUCGAUGUCUCAACACCUUUGACCUGGUAGCUCUGGGUGUUGGAAGCACGUUGGGCGCUGGUGUUUACGUGCUGGCUGGUGCUGUGGCACGAGAUAAUUCAGGUCCUGCCAUUGUGCUGUGUUUCUUGAUAGCAGCCUUAGCCUCAGUGCUGGCUGGCCUUUGCUACGCUGAGUUUGGAGCUCGUGUCCCCAAGACUGGCUCAGCCUAUCUGUACUCCUAUGUGACUGUAGGAGAACUCUGGGCCUUUAUCACCGGAUGGAACCUCAUUCUCUCCUACAUCAUUGGUACAUCCAGUGUGGCCCGUGCGUGGAGCGCCACCUUCGAUGAGUUGGUAGGGAAGCGUAUAGAGCUGUUUUGCAGAGAGUACAUGUCCAUGAAUGCACGGGGUGUACUGGCAGAGUACCCUGACAUGUUUGCUGUUCUCAUCAUAUUUACUCUUACAGGUCUGUUGGCAUUUGGAGUUAAAGAGUCAGCAAUGGUGAACAAGGUUUUUACAUGUGUCAACGUCUUAGUCCUGUUGUUCAUGGUGGUCUCUGGCCUGGUGAAAGGCACUUUGAAGAACUGGCAACUGGACCCUGAGGAGAUCCUCCAUGUCAAUUAUACAAACGACUCAAGUCACAACCUGACGGACAUCUUGCCCAGCAAGGAGCGUUUAGGAAUGGGUGGCUUCAUGCCAUUUGGGAUGUCAGGUGUGCUCUCAGGAGCUGCUACUUGUUUUUAUGCCUUCGUAGGAUUUGACUGCAUUGCUACCACAGGUGAGGAAGUGAAAAACCCACAAAGAGCCAUUCCUAUUGGCAUCGUGUCCUCGCUGCUCAUUUGCUUCGUAGCCUACUUUGGUGUUUCUGCUGCCCUCACCCUCAUGAUGCCGUACUAUCUUCUGGACAGCAACAGCCCUCUGCCUGUAGCUUUUAACUAUGUGGGCUGGGGAGGAGCCAAAUACGCUGUAGCUGUGGGUUCUCUUUGUGCUCUGUCUACCAGCCUGCUGGGUGCUAUGUUCCCUAUACCCCGUGUUCUGUGGGCUAUGGCUGAAGACGGGCUGCUUUUCAAGUUCAUGGCCGAGAUCAGCCCCCGCACCAAAACCCCGCUAAAUGCAACCUUCGCUUCUGGCACAGGGGCAGCAAUCAUGGCAUUUCUGUUUGACCUGAAGGACCUGGUGGACCUGAUGUCUAUAGGCACCCUGCUGGCCUACACAUUAGUGGCCGCCUGUGUGCUGGUGCUCAGAUACCAGCCUGAACACAUGGACCCAGUGUACCACAUGGCCAACAGCCAUGAGGAGGCAGAUUUGGUUGAUGGCAUCAGUGUCCCCAGUAUGGGCAUCCUGCCUGGUGUGGAGGAGAGGUUCAGCUUCAAGACACUGCUGUUCCCAAACAACACUGAGCCAUCCACAAUAUCAGGCUUCAAUGUCAACGUCUGUACCUCUGUCUUGGGAACAUUGAUCCUGGCUUUCAGUGUACUGGCCGUGCAGGGAGGUGUUGUCCUCUGGAACCUCAUAGCUCUUAGCAUCAUCUUCCUGGUGUGUCUCCUUCUCGUCUUCAUCAUAUGGAGACAGCCUGAAAGCAAAACAAAACUUUCCUUCAAGGUUCCACUGGUGCCCUUCAUCCCAGUGAUCAGCAUGUUCGUCAAUGUCUACCUGAUGAUGCAGCUGGAUCGAGGCACUUGGGUUCGAUUUUCAGUCUGGAUGGCUAUAGGUUUAGCAAUCUACUUCUUCUACGGGAUUCAUCACAGCUCUGAGGCAGCUCUGGCCCACUCCUCUAUAGAAACAGAGAUGAACGGUUUCAAGCUUGAUCGUGAACUGGAAGCCACGCCGACAGAAAAGGACGCCUUUCUUUACGAUGGCAUUGACGUUAGGGAAGAACGCGAUGGGGAUUUGUAGUAGGCGUUAGAAAAAGCAGCUUUACGACAACCUGUCCUGACACCAGUCUGUGCGUGUUUUUAGUCAGUUCUCCUUUUGGGGAAAGCUUAGAUAAGCAAACUUUGACUUUUUCAUUAAGCUGCUAAAUAGAACACAAACAGCGGGUGAUAAUCCUCAAGUCAAAGCAGACUUCUACAGCCAUGAUUGAAAUAUUCUGCAAUGUCAAUAUUUUUGCUAGUUCUUAUCUCUUUUGCUUGGCCUCAAGUUUCAGUUGCUCAUUAUCCCUUGGCUGUCUGUGAAGCUGUGGGGGCGGAGCUCAUGUUAGAGACAUGAAAUGUGUUAGUGUUUAAAGAAGAAGGUUUGGAGACAGGGCAGACCAUGUUAGAUCUCUCUUCACGUUGGCUUUUAUGUACUUCUCUUGAGUGUGUCUGGGUUACAUUGCUGGCAGUAGGACUGUGCCAUAACUGAGGUCUGGGUGCCAGAAACUUCUGCAGUAAUAGUUUUGUAUUUUGUUUCGUUUGAAAUAAGAUAACUACAUGUGUAUACAUUUGAAACCAUGUCAGUACUAGAAAAAAAAGUUGGUAGUGCUUAAAUUGUCUGAAACCAGUCUUAGGAGCCAUUAUCUCUUGUCUGAAGACAGCAUUUGGGGACAGCCAAUGUUUUGUCAUUAGACAACAGCCAGUGGUCUGAAGCUGCUGUUUCAUCCAGUGUUUUAUGUCUUUUGUUCUCCGUGUGUCGGUUUAUGUCAUUUGAACCAAAGCCCGGUGGAAUGUGAUUGGUCAAUUCUACAAACACCAACAGAAAAAAGCACAGCAGUUUGGACAUGAAAAAUCUUUAUUGCACAUAAAUUCUGCAUAUUCAUUAGCAGAUUUUUUUUUUUUAAGAAAAUACAAUAAAUCUAUAGAUUUUGAUGCAUGCCAGUCUUCACAGGUAAGUUGCAGCUUCCUACAGAGGAAGUAUAAUGGUCUUAAAGCAAACAGGAAUGUUUGCCAGGUACAGUGGUGUUUGAACGUUUGUGGACACUUUAUAAUUUUUUUAUAUUUCUGCAUAAAUUUGACCAAAAACAACAGAUUUUCCACACAAG